CAUGCAGCGGUGCGGCUCGCUCUCUCAAACCAAACGACAACUACACAUGCAGAGCUAAACGUGUACUUUCACUUUUUAAAAAGACAAUUAUUUCCAUGUUUGACGAGAAACUAGAGAGAUCAAGUUCCUUGCAGCCGCUAACAGAACAGGGGACUUCUUCUAGUCGGUCAUUUGUGAUCAAAGUUGGAUUACAGCGGAGACGCUUGAGCUGAGAGGAAAUAUUGUCUGCCAGAUGUUGCUCAGAAGAUGAGCAGCAGUGAAGGACAGAUCAGCGGAGCCCCGUGCUGUCAACGCAGCGAAGUCGCAGAGCGUGUUGUAGCAUGAUGCUCUGUCUCCUCUGAACUCCUCCUCACCCCAUUAUGAGAUAGUGGAACUCUCAUCCAGCACUGAACUCUCAUCUGCAGCCCUAAGGUAGUGUGGCGAGUGUAGAUAAGCCCCCUUAUGAGGUGAAAACCCUUCCUCGUCCUGCAGUAUCCCCUCCCAGCACCAACAGCAGAAAUAAGGGAUGUCACGGCUGUUCCUCCUUUUGGCAAUGCUCAUUGUCUCCAGCAGCAUCCAGAUGUCUCCUGCUGCUACCCUGGAUAAGCUGAAGGAGAGUUGGAAAUUGUACAUGGACGAGUGUAACCGCAACAACAGUCGAGACCCACCAAGCAUCGGCCUUGUGUGCAACAGGACUUUUGACAAUUACGCCUGUUGGCCCGAUGGACUCCCCAACACCACUAUCAGUGUGCCAUGUCCGUGGUAUCUGCCAUGGCACCACAAAGUUCAGCACGGCAUGGUGUAUCAGGAAUGUGAUGCAAACGGCCAGUGGGUGUCCACGAACAAUUCCAGCGAGUGUGACUCUAAUGAUCCAAGUCAGCAGUACUAUGGAUACAUACGGAUCAUGUACACAGUGGGAUAUUCCUUAUCGCUGGUGGCUUUGGUUUUGGCACUUGGCAUUCUCAUAUUCUUCAGGAAACUACACUGCAUGAGGAACAACAUCCAUAUGAAUCUGUUUGCCUCCUUUAUCCUGCGAGCGCUGUCUAUCCUCAUCAAAGACGCUCUGUUGGAGGCCAACAUCAUGUCACAGAACCUCGGCAGGGACCAGGAGCAGGGGUUCCCCCGGGCAUCUAUGCCUCCAGUGGAGUUGCUUGUCAACAGCGAGGUCAGUAGUGAUCUCCAGACAACGGUUAGCUGUCGCAUCGCCGUGGUGAUGAUGCAGUACAGCAUUAUGGCCAACAGCUACUGGCUGCUGGUGGAAGGCAUCUACCUCCACAACCUCCUGGUCAUCACUGUGUUCACAGAGAGGAAUUACUUCAAAAUCUACCUGUGCAUAGGCUGGGGUACCCCAUUAAUAUUCCUCGUGCCCUGGGUGAUAUCUAAAUACCUGUAUGAAAAUCAAGAGUGCUGGGGGCAAAAUAUAAAUAUGAAUUACUGGUGGAUCAUCCGUUCCCCAAUACUGCUGGCAGUUGUGAUCAACUUCCUUAUCUUUAUCCAUAUAAUUAAAAUUCUUGUAUCAAAACUGCGGGCGCACCAAAUGAGAUACACAGAUUACAAAUUCAGGUUGGCUAAGUCGACUCUAACCCUGAUCCCUCUGCUGGGUAUCCAUCAGGUGGUCUUUAUUUUUGUGACAGAUGAGUCCACCAAGACCACCAUCGCUUUGCGUCUCACCAAGCUUUUCAUUGACCUCUUCUUCUCCUCCUUCCAGGGUCUCCUGGUGGCCAUCUUGUACUGCUUUGUCAACAAAGAAGUGCAGUCCGAGGUCCUGAAGAAGUGGAAGCGCUGGAAGCUAGGGAGGAACAUCGAGGAGGAGUACCGCCAUACUUACAGCAAUACCCCCAACUCAAAGACCGGCAGCCUUUUGAACCACGUCUCUCGGCUGCCUCAUCUCCCAGACAUCGCCAAAACCUCUGUCCCGAUCUGCAGCCCUGAGGAGAGGCACAUGCUUGUGGCUGGCUGCCACAAUGGUGUGGUGCACAGUAAGGGGGCAGGCCAGUGUGCAUCCCCGCUGCACAAGGGAACCAUCAGUAACUGCACCCUAGUGGAGGACAUCAGCCUUUCAGACAAGGUGCAGUGUUACGAGGCUCAGAGAGAGAAUGUGGAGAGCCAUCUCUGAAAGCAACUAAGAGCAAGAACUCUGUGAAGAAAGAUGGAGGGCCUUCAGCUCUCAUCUGGCUCUGGCAUCCUGCACAGGGUGGCUGUGAAGAGCUGGGCUGAUAGAGUCAUCUGUCAUUUUGCCCAGAGAUCAGUGUCACUGGGAGACUGAGCGGCAGUCAGCCCUCUCCACAGCCUGAGAAUGGAGAACAAUACGGCAGACAUCCAUGCUGAAAUGUCUAAUGUGCUGCAAGUCUCAUACAUGGAUUUUUGCCAGACAGUGAAAGGAACUGCUGCAUGUUGAACAAUAUAACAACAGCAUCUCAAGGCAGAUAAGCCAUGUAAAAUAAUAGGACAAACAGAAAAAACCUCAAAUAGCAACAACAGAAACAAACAAAACAGCAACAACAAAAAAAAGACACAGGGUCCUUGCUUGAGCCUCUGCUUUAAUUUGUGUUGUGUAUCAAAUGUGUGUUUUAUGGUACUAGAGGUUAAAGACAAACUGGACAUUGGACUGCAUACACAAAAAAGACCAAACAAGGGACACAAAACAAGUUGGUAGGUAACACAGGGGUAAUGCUUUUUCUUUUUUUUUUUGCUUUGCUCUAAUAUCUGUAAGGUUUUUCUUGUCUAUAUUGAUUUUGAUGAAAAAUGUAUAGAAAAAACAUUCUGUUGACUGUACCUCAUACAGUGAAGUGACAACAGUGUUGUUCAAAUGGCCCCAUCCAGGGCUCAUGGGAAAUUGGCAGCUGCUCUCACCAGGUCUUUCCUGGCUUACAUAUAAACAUUGAAAGAGGUCAAGAGAUUGUGUCAGAUGAAUUAUAAAUAAGCUAAAAUGCUCAUCGCUUGAUUUACUUUGGUGUUUUCCGAUAAAAGUAAAUAUUUUUUAUAUAGGUCCAAACCUUGGAUAUUACUCAGUACAGUACAACAGCUGUAACUGUAAAUGUGUCAGGUUUGUUUUCAAGAAGGAAUAGUUGCAGCUCUGUAUGUUCUCCGAUUCCCUUGCUAUCAAAUAAUUGUGCGACUCACACGUCUUCAGCGUAUUAAAUGAACUACACAGCCCACUCUACCCUUGAGAUGAAAGCUGAUAGGGGAAACUGUGCACUCAAAUCAAGGAUGAAAGUUCACAGCAUACAGUAUACUGUAGAUGUGACCUGCAAAGUCGCACAUGCAUAAAGUAUGAAUCCAACACUGUGACUCAAAAUAACAUGUCACCUCUGGCACAAGGGUGUUUUUGCAAUAUUAAAUAUAGGCUGUUGUGCAUGCAGAUUACACAGAAUUGGUAAGUUUAAGUCGUACGUUGUGUGAAUCAUUCGGUGGUGAUGCGUGCUGUACAGUGCCAUUACAUCAGUGCAUAAAGCCAGACAGACCGUGCUAAUGACUGCAUGAGUAUUUAAUAUUCAGCCUGAAUCUGUCCGCAGGCGCUGUGGACACAUAGAACAAAAAAUAGAACAAAAUCUCGCUAGUAAGCAUUGUAGUGACAAAGAAACCUAAAUUAGCAGUGGUACAUUUGCUUCUGAAUAAAUUGCCUCCUGCAGAGCAUUAAUUCAUCUUUGAGUUUUUAAGUCAGAACUAAAUCAACUUGACUUUGUAUGUAUGACUAUUUGCACAAUGUUAAUUUAUAAUGGUAAAUACUGUGUGUGUGUAUAUAUGUGUUUAUACAGGUGAUUUAUUUGAUUGCUGUCUAUAUAUUUCAUGGAAUGGAGGACUCUGUGUGUGUAUGUGUGUGUCUGUGUGUGUGUGUGUGCGCGCGUACAAGCAUAUUUUUAGGUUGGUAUGGCUCCGAGCAGACUCAGUAUUCCAGAUGUGUUACAGUAGGAUGAGUUGAUAUAAACCGGUGCAAGAGGCUUUACACAGAACGCAGAGGUCAGAGGUCGUCCCUUUCUAGCAUACACAGUGUUACACCACAGGACUUCUCAGAAGUCAUGCCUAUAUAAAGGCAUAAAGAAGACACAGCUCUUUGUUUUAUAAUGGAAGCUAUUCUCUGUGUGAUUCCUCUAUGUCAUUUUGUUGCUAAGAGCGAACUGAGAAGCGUGUUUGUCAUUCAGAUAAUAGCUCUGUGUAUUUACACAUCAGCCAGGUGUUGAACAGGCUGAGGCAAUUUUUCAUCAACAUCUGCUGAGGAUUGUAAUAGAGCAGGUAGAUAUACCAAUACUUGGAAUUGAACUUGGAGCAUGAUUCACACACUGGCGCUGCUGUUGCUCAGAGGUGAAUUUGCAGUGUUUUUGUUGUUUUGCAGAGCAGGAGAAAUGUUUGGAUACUGACAAGGUUACAAAGGAAUGUUGUGCACCUUGAGUAAAAUAAGAUUCAGUAGAUUAUAUAAGUAUGGUCAAAGUAUAUUGCUAAUUCUAUUUCAGACUAUUACAUGUAUUUUAAACUGUGACCAUAAUCAUGUAUGUUUUUUAAGCCAGCAGCUUGGGUCACUCCCCUUUUUGGACCAAAGUGGUUCUGUUUGAAUGUAUUCUUUAGACGGCCCAAAUCAUGUUCCAUUUUAUUUUCUCUUAAAGUUGAUUUUGUACAGUAUAUUUGGUGUGAGGAACCAAUCAGUAGAAAACUGACUGUGUUCAGGUGUAUACAGUUCAUCAUAUAUUGUGUCCGCUUAGCAAACUUUGUCCAAAUGGUGAAGAAUAAAUAAUGUAUGUGAAAAAUGA